AUGGCGGACACGGACCUUUUUAUGGAAUGUGAGGAGGAAGAGCUGGAACCAUGGCAGAAAAUCAGUGACGUGAUUGAAGAUUCUGUUGUUGAGGAUUAUAAUUCAGUUGAUAAAACUGCUACGGCUGGCAACCCUCUCGUUCAGCAAAGUGGGCAGCCGCUAAUCCUCACCCAGAACCCGGCCUCGGGUCUGGGCACGAUGGUGACUCAGCCAGUGUUGCGACCCGUGCAGAUCAUGCAGAACGCCAACCACGUCACGAACUCUCCGGUGACCAGCCAGCCCAUCUUCAUAACCACCCAGGGAUUUCCCGUGAGGAACGUGCGGCCUGUACAGAACACGAUGAACCAAGUAGGGAUCGUUCUGAACGUGCAGCAAGGUCAGACAGUCAGACCCAUCACCCUCGUCCCAGCCCCAGGUACCCAGUUUGUGAAACCGACAGUUGGGGUUCCUCAGGUGUUCUCUCAAAUGGCCCAGGUGAGACCAGGUACAACCAUGCCGGUGCGACCCGCCACCAACACUUUCACUACGGUCAUUCCGGCCACGCUCACCAUCAGGAGCACUGUACCACAGUCCCAGGCACAACAGCAAAGUAAGUCCACUCCCAGCACCUCCACAACUCCUACUGCAACGCAGCCAACACCACUGGGACAGUUAACUGUGCAGCAGCCAGGGCAGUCCAGUCCAGCUACUAACCCCAAAUUAGUGAGCAUUGCCAGCUUCGUGGCUGUCAAGAGGCCUGGAGUGACGGGUGAGAACAGCAACGAGGUUGCUAAGCUAGUGAAUACCCUGAACACCAUUCCUUCAUUAGGACAGAGCCCUGGCCCACUGGUGGUUUCCAACAGCAGCCCCGUGCACGGUUCCCAGAGAUCCAGUGUUUCCGAGUCGUCGUCGUCAUCUUCAUCUCCUAUUCCCACGUUCGAUUUGCAAGAUGGUGGCAGGAAGGUCUGCCCGAGAUGUGACGCUCAGUUUCGGGUCACCGAGGCUUUAAGAGGACAUAUGUGUUACUGCUGCCCUGAAAUGGUCGAAUUCCUCAAGAAAAGAAAAUCUCUAGAAUCUGAACCAAAUAUUCAAUCUGCAAAGCCUCCAUCUCCAGAAAAAACUACAGCUGUUGCUUCCCCACCCUCUUCUACUCCUAUCCCUGCGCUGUCCCCACCUGCUAAAGCUCCAGAGACAAGUGAAAACGUAGUUGACUCAUCCCAAAGUAAGCUCAUUAUGUUGGUAGAUGAUUUCUACUAUGGCAGAGACGGCGGCAAAGUGAGCCAGCUGCUGAACUUCCCCAAGGUUCCAACUUCCUUCAGGUGUCCACACUGCACCAAGAGGCUAAAGAACAACAUUCGGUUUAUGAAUCACAUGAAGCACCACGUUGAGCUGGAUCAGCAGAACGGAGAGGUGGACGUCCACACCAUCUGUCAGCAUUGCUACCGGCAGUUCUCCACUCCCUUUCAGCUGCAGUGUCACCUGGAGAAUGUCCACAGUCCCUACGAGUCAACAACCAAGUGCAAGAUUUGCGAGUGGGCGUUCGAGAGCGAGCCGAUGUUCCUGCAGCACAUGAAGGACACCCACAAGCCCGGGGAGAUGCCCUACGUCUGUCAGGUCUGCCAGUAUCGUUCGUCGCUGUAUUCCGAAGUGGACAGCCACUUCCGGAUGAUCCACGAAGACACGCGGCACCUGCUCUGUCCGUACUGCCUCAAGGUCUUCAAGAACGGCAACGCUUUCCAGCAGCACUUCAUGAGGCAUCAGAAGAAGAGUGUUUAUCACUGCAACAAGUGUAGGCUCCAGUUCCUAUUUGCCAAGGAUAAAAUUGAACACAAGCUGCAGCACCACAAAACUUUCCGAAAGCCCAAACAAUUGGAAGGAUUGAAACCUGGAACCAAGGUUACAAUCAGGGCAUCUAGAGGACAGCCACGGGCAGUGCCAAUAUCUUCAAACGACAUGUCGCAGGGCACAGGACAGGAAAGCGCUCCGCUGUCAUCCUCCACCGAUCCCCAGCCCAUCUUCCUGUACCCACCUGUCCAGAGGAGCGUCCAGAAGAGAGCCGUCAAAAAAAUGAGUGUCUUGGGGAGACAGACUUGCCUGGAGUGCAGCUUCGAAAUCCCCGACUUCCCGAACCACUUUCCCACCUACGUGCACUGUUCGCUGUGCCGCUACAGCACGUGCUGCUCCAGAGCUUACGCCAACCACAUGAUCAAUAACCACGUUCCUCGGAAGAGUCCAAAAUACUUGGCUUUGUUUAAAAACUAUACUGCCUGUGGUGUGAAGCUCUCCUGUUCCUCUUGUCUCUUUGUAACAUCUGAGGGUGAUGCAAUGGCCAAACAUCUGGUCUUCAAUCCCUCACACGAGUUUAGUAACAUCAUUUUCCGAGAGCCCGAAAGCGGCGUGGCGUGCCGGCCGGCCGCUGCCGAUUACCGCGACUCGCUGCGCUCGGGGGCGCACGUCCAGCCCCAGGACAAAAGCAUGAAGAACACAUGCCCCACCUAUUCCCCAAGCAAAGCUGCUACUGUGAACACAAAGUCUGUGCUGCCUGCCAAGGAUGACCUGGAGCCUGAACUGGCACCAGCAGCCUACCCCAGACCUCCGGAGCAGCGGUCGGUGAAAAAGCUGCGGGUCGUACUGUUCGCUCUGUGCUGCAGCACCGAGCAGGCUGCGGAGCACUUCCGCAACCCGCAGAGGCGGAUCAAGCGCUGGCUGCGCAGGUUCCAGGCUUUCCAGGAAGAGAACUUGGCGUCGCUGUCGGAGGGCAAGUACCUCAGCUUGGAGGCUGAAGAGAAGCUGGCGGAGUGGGUCCUCACGCAGAGGGAGCAGCAGCUGCCUGUCAAUGAGGAGACUCUCUUCCAGAAAGCCACCAAGAUCGGCCGGUCCCUGGAAGGCGGCUUCAAGAUCUCCUACGAGUGGGCGGUGAGGUUCAUGCUGCGGCACAACCUCAGCACCUACACGCGGAGGGCGGUGGCUCACCCCCUCCCCAAGGACGUCGAGGACAACGCCAGCUGCUUCAUCGAGUAGGACCUGCCUCUCUCCAUGAUCGCGGCCAUUGACGAAAUCUCCCUCUUCCUCGACGUGGAGGUGCUGAGCAGCGACGACCGGAAGGAGAACGCUUUGCAGACGGUGGGAACGGGGGAGCCCUGGUGCGACGUGGUCCUCACCAUCCUGGCCGACGGAAGCGUUCUCCCGACGCUGGUCUUCUACAGGGGUCACGUGCAGCAGCCCGCCAACGUGCCGGAAUCGAUCAUGUUGGAAUCGAAGGAGAACGGAUACAGCGACGACGAAAUCAUGGAGCUGUGGUUGUCCAGAGUGUGGCAGAAGCACACGGAGUGCCAGAACAGCAAGGGCAUGCUGGUGCUGGACUGCCACCGCACACACCUGUCGGAGGAGGUGCUCUCCUUGCUGAGCGCCUCCAGCACCCUGCCGGCCGUCGUCCCCGCCGGCUGCAGCUCCAAAAUCCAACCUCUGGAUGUUUGUAUAAAACGGACUGUGAAAAAUUUCUUGCAUAAAAAGUGGAAAGAGCAAGCCAAGGAGAUGGCGGACUCCACGUGCGACUCGGACAUUCUUCUCCAGCUGGUUUUGUGCUGGCUGGCGGAGGUCCUGGAGGUCAUCAGUGACUCUCCGGAACUCGUGCAGCAGUCCUUCCUGGUGGCCAGCGUGCUGCCCGGCCCGGACGGCACCGCCAACUCGCCCACGCGCAACGCCGACAUGCAGGAGGAGCUGAUCGCCGCGCUGGAGGAGCAGCUGAAGCUGAGCGAGGGGCAGCAGGAGGCGGCGGCGGCCGAGGCCCAGGACCGGACCGCGGCCGAGGAGGCUGCGGACCCCGAAAUCCUCCAUCAGCUCUUCGAAGGGGAGAGUGAGACUGAAUCGUUCUACGGCUUCGAAGAUGCCGAUUUGGAUCUGAUGGAAAUCUGA